AACGAGGAACGCACAACAACCAAAACAACAAACGCAAAAACACAGCCGCCGCACGAAGUUAAGAACAAUGGGGCCUUGGACACAUGUUCUUGCCCUGUCCUUGGCUGUGUGUCUGUGCCACAGUGAAUCCACCCAAGACAAACUGAGCACCCUGGACGCCUCAUUCUGCAAAGGAGGUUUGGAGGUGAUCUAUCCAGAGUUGGACAUCAGUGAAUGUCUCGUGAUCCCAAAGCACCUUAGGGAGAAGAUCAGCACCUCGUGGAAGGCCCCAGGCAUUUAUUUUUCUGCAGCGAACAAGAAAAAGUUGUACGUCCUGGUGAUGGUUGAUCCUGAUGCAAAAAGUCGUGCUAAUCCAGAACUCGCCUGCUGGCAGCAUUGGCUGGUCGCAGACAUUCAGGGCACUUCACUGAGAAAAGGGGAAAUAAAAGGCACUACACUGGCUGAUUAUCGCCCACCGACACCGCCAAGCAAAUCUGGCUUUCACCGUUACCAGUUCAUGUUGUUUGAGCAGCCGGCAGACGCCCAAGUGACACUGACUGAGGAGGAAAAGUCUUACCGUGGCAAAUGGGAUGUUGAUGCCUUCCUAAAGCGGGUUGGACUUGGAGCACCUGUGGCCACUCUGCAAUACCUCACUCAAAACUACAGAGACUAGAGUAUUCCUGUUACAAGUUUUCCUAGAAAUUAAAUAUCCCAAAAAUGAUUUUACAGUAGCUAUAUUUUUCUUCUGUUCUUGCAAAAAGGCACACAAUAUGAAUGCUAUAUGAAAAACUUUUGGGAUUUUGGAGCUUGCAGUUACAAUAUACCACAUAAUAUUGUUGUUUUGUCUUGUGUAGUGCUGCUGAAAUUCUGGUUUAUUUUGCUGAGUCUGUAGGUUUUAGUAGCACGUGGGGUUGGUAGGAUUUGGGAGUUUUGACCUCACUGGGGAUUUCUCAUUAGUUUCCAAACAGAGAAGGAAGAUGCCCUGAUAUCACAACUUGGUGUGGAAAGAGUUUAUUCUAAAUUCAGGGGCGGAAACACGUCAGGACCUAAAAAAGGAAGUAGGAGGUGAAACCGAGACCGCAGCACUGCCGGAUGCCACAGUGGAACUUGAACCAAAAUACUCUACAGUGACAGGGCAGGGGGAGGGACUGCCCAGUCUGUGGUGAAAUGAACUGUGUUUGUGUAAUUGUUUAUCAUAUUUCCAUUGACCCAACUGUUGAACUGUCAUAACUUGAACUGUCAUGCUCCUUUCUUUUCCCUGAAUGGUUGAAAUAAACACAUCUAAAGUGGUUUAUUUGUCCUUGGUAUUGUGUCUUUUUUAACUUUGGACUGUUAUAUACAAGGCCUACCUGUCAGGUCUACAGAGAAUGGUCUGGAUAAACUUUUCAACCCUACUUUCCAGACUUUAUGGGCCUUUAUACGGGUGGGUCAGAGUACCCCCCAGGAGGAAAUAUCGGUUUCCAACCAGCAACCCUCCUCUGGGAUGGCCCUGUAUCAAUACCCCAGAUGUCUGUAAAAGGCUGGAUUUCCAUGAGGGACUUUGAUGUUGGGAUGAUCAAUCUUUAGUUGGUGGUUGCAUUGACCCUGGUUUGGUGUCUCAUCAGUGGGGCAGGCAGAAGUAGGUAACAGAGGUUUUUGUUCCUUUGGUGGUUAAGCCAGCAUCGGUAAACCCCUGUGUGGCCUCUUCAUGAACUCUGGGAGACCAUUGAUCACAUUGUCCGGCAUCCUCUUUGUUUUCUCGCCUGAUUCACAGUCAAAGCAUCAAGCCCACAAACAAAACAACUAAACAGUGAACAAAAGCACUGUCUGCAAGUCUCCGUCUGGUGUUUGGAGUGCUGCUCUUGACCUUGUUUUACCCAUUCCAUUUGCCUCAUGAAAUUUUUAUUUUUUUAACCAAUUGGCAACAAUAGUAUGAUGCCAAGUAAGAGCACAUUAUUCCAAAUCCACCUACUGAAUCCAUCAGUGCAUCAUUGAAAUGCCAAGAUUUGUGCAUCCAAAUACACAUUGCAUGCUUUAUAUCUGGUAGCGAUCCUGCCAAAACAGC